UUUUCCAUUCACCAAUCAAACCAUUGCAGUAAAGUGCAUUGACCAACCUGCUGUUGCUCUCUUCUGAUUUCAGCAGGGAUUGAAUCAGUUAGUUACUUGUUUGCUUCCGCGUUUAUACUUACUACGAAAUGACUAGUCGAGCACCACGAUGCAACCUGUGAUGUUCGAGUUGUUUUGCUACUCGUUAUUGAACUAAAAUGGCGUCGCUGUUUAUCAAUUAGUUUGUUUUAGUGAACCUUCAUAGUGAUCGCAUCCGAGUGAGUCAUAACCGUCAUAGCAAUGACAUUUUUAUAGCACACAGUGAGAAUACGUUUAGAAAACUUUCCGUGGAAGACUAGUUAGUGUGAUUUACAGAGCACAAUAAUGCGCGAAUUCAAAGUGGUCGUGCUGGGAUCGGGUGGGGUCGGGAAGAGUGCUUUGACUGUGCAGUUUGUGACUGGAUGUUUCAUGGAAAAAUAUGACCCCACAAUAGAGGACUUCUAUAGGAAAGAAAUAGAAGUGGACAAUUCACCAUGUGUUUUAGAAAUAUUGGAUACUGCCGGCACAGAACAGUUCGCUUCAAUGCGUGAUUUGUAUAUAAAAAAUGGCCAAGGUUUUGUCGUAGUAUAUUCACUAACAAAUCAUCAAACGUUUCAAGACAUCAAACCAAUGAAGGAAUUGAUAACACGCGUCAAAGGUUCAGAACGCGUGCCUAUAUUGCUAGUUGGCAACAAAGCGGACUUGGAUCAUCAGCGCGAGGUUUCGCAGACGGAGGGCGCGGCCCUGGCACAGAUGUGGGGCUGCCCUUUCGUGGAAGCUUCCGCUAAAAGCCGCACAAACGUCAAUGAAAUGUUUGCUGAAAUCGUACGUGAAAUGAACGUUAGCCCUGAAAAGGAAAAGAAACCUUAUUGUUGUUGUACAGUGCUUUAAUAUUUAGAGUGUAAUGUGGCAUUUAUUUCUCGUAAGACUGCAAAGGCGCGGCGGGAGUGUGUCCGCCUUGCCCUGACGGCCGGUUGCCCCCAGUGGGGCGGUCAACGGCGACGCGCCGGCCGUGGCCGCUGGACUCAUGGCGGUCGCAAUGCGCGUCAUAUCAUGUUGUUAAUAUCUUUGAUACAUACCAUUGUCCAAUCGAGGUGCUUUAUCUUAUAUUUUCAUACUUUAGUACUGGUAGAUACUCCCGCAGUAACCAUUAUAAUAUAAUAUGAACAAAGUAUCCUAUUUGGGGAACUUAACAUUAUUGCAAAAGAAUAUCAUAAUUAGUUUGGUUUUGUUCAUCAUAAAAGGACAUGCAUGCGAAGGAUGUUGGAAUAAACAAAACAUGUAUUGUAAAGUAAUGUUAGUCAACUUGUAUAUAAUUUCAUGAGAUUAAUGAUGUCGGAGGACUUGGACGGUGUAGAGAAUAAAAAAAGCCAUCCAAAUAAUAUGCAAUAAUUGUAAAUGUGUAGAG